AUGCAUUUGAUGUACACAUUAGGCCAAGAUGGCAAGAGAAUUUACACUUUGAAGAAGGUUACUGAAGAUGGUGAAAUUACAAAAUCUGCUCAUCCAGCCAGAUUCUCUCCAGAUGACAAAUAUUCUAGACAAAGAGUCACUUUAAAGAAGAGAUAUGGUUUGCUACCAACUCAAUAG